AUGAGUUCGAAUAAGAAAGAAGACGCUUCAGUCGACAACUUCAAAUCCACAGCUGACCUAACUGGUAAUCCAGGCUUCAAGUCGUCGCUAAGCAUAGCCUCUAAAGAUGUCGUGUGUGAUGAGAAGCCAUACAACCCAUUCGAGCACCGACAAAUCGAACAUCCAACUACAACUUUGGGCGCAAUUUUGCAUUUCCUGAAAGCAUGUCUCGGUACCGGUAUAUUGGCCAUGCCUGCUGCCUUCAAGAACUCGGGCUUAGUCGCUGGAACCAUCGGAACCUUGUUGGCCGGAUGGCUUUGUACACACACAGUUGCUAUGGUUGUAGGAACAGCACAAGAACUAUGUUUUGCAGCGAAAAAACCAUCAUUGGGUUACGCUGAGGCGUGUGGUGCGGCGUUUACCUACGGCCCGAAAAAACUUCAGUCCUGGGGAGGUGUUGUAAGGACCAUCGUGGAUUAUUCCAUGGUAUCAACAUAUUUUAGUGUCUUGUGUGUCUACAUCGUUUUCAUCGGGUCGUCUUUUAAAGAGGUCUUUGACGUCAUGUUUCCGGAAUUGAAGCUAUCCGUUCAAGCCUAUUGUGCACUAACCUUAGUGCCUUUAGUGCUCAUCUGUCAAAUAAGAAAUCUGAAAUACUUGGUGCCGUUCUCAGCGUUAGCCAAUUUGCUAAUUUUAUGCGUGUUUGGUAUUACUAUGUAUUUCAUCUUCACUGAUUUGCCACCUGUUAAGGAUAGAGAAAUGGUGACCAGUGUUACGCAGUGGCCGCUAUUUUUUAGCACAGUAAUAUUUGCCAUGGAAGGCAUUGGUGUGGUAAUGCCAAUAGAAAACGAGAUGAAGAAUCCUAAACGAUUCCUGGGUUGCCCCGGGGUGUUAAAUGUUGCUAUGGUUAUUGUAAUCUCCUUGUACGCCGUUUUCGGCUUCUUUGGAUAUGUGCAGUACGGCGAUGAUGUGAAGGGAAGCAUUACUUUGAAUCUACCAGAGGACUAUAUCAUCGCCCAAAGUGCAAAACUUAUUAUGGCAAUAGUUAUGUUCCUAUCCUACGCCUUACAAAUGUAUGUGCCGAUGGAAAUGAUAAACCGAAUGCUACAAAAACGUAAAACACAAAGUUAUAACAACCUCAUCCAGGUGACUAUUAGAACAACGUUGGUGACUGCCACCGUUGCUAUUGCAGCAGCGUUCCCGAACCUUGAGCUGGUCAUCAGUCUUGCUGGAGCCAUCUUCUUCUCGACUCUUGGUCUUCUCUUUCCAGCUAUUAUCGACACGGUCUACCGUUGGGACAGAGGUCUUGGCAAAUUUAACUACGUGUUAUGGAAGAACAUUUUUAUCUGCAUAAUUUCUUUUAUUGUUUUAAUAUCGGGCACCUAUGUUUCUGUAGUAGCCAUGAUUGAAGAUUUUUCCAGUGGGCAUGAUAGUAGUUUGAAUGAAACUUUGACAUAACUGAUGUUUUUUUAAUGAUUUAGAAGAGGUAUAUGCUGUGAUUUUUAGUAAUAUACCUAUAUAUAGUAUCCAAACAAAAUAGGGCCGGAGUGGCUAAUCUUAAAAUAAAAAUCUUUUUGUGAAGGUUUUAAAGAUAGAUUGAUUUUAAAUGUAGAUAGUUAGAUAUUCAACGACGAGCCUGAACUUGAAUUCGGUGGAGCGAACGACUUAUUCGCAACACUCGUAUCUAGUGGGAGCUUCAAAAUCUUCGAAUCCGUAGGAAAGUGACCUACUUGAAAAGUUUUCAUCGAAUAUAUUUUGGAAAGUAUGCACAGGAACUUUUCAAUCUCGUUCCACUCUCACCUGUCGUCCUUCGGCCGAUUAAAAAGUCGAGAACGUUCCAUCUUUAUGUUGUUGAUUUGCCACCCAUCCACCCUAACGCUUUGGUUCCUCCUUCAUGCGCACGGCAAAAGAACAAAAUACACUGCCAACACCUGUGUUUCCCAAAAACUACAUUCCGGUGCUAUUCCAGGCAAGAGGGAAUGUAUGUUUUGAACAAACGCGUACCAUCAUCGGCCA